AUGAAAGAAACCAAAUCGCCAUGGUUGCUUCAACGGUGGUUAAUUCCGUAACGCCACGCCAAGUUGCAUUCAAUUCUUCAAUGCCUCAAACUGUAAAAACCUGAAAAUCAAAGUAAUUAAUUUCAUAAAUUCAAAAUCUUAACACCCGUGAAUUCUUAUACACACCCACACAAAAUUGAUACACUUGAGGCAAUCUAAGAAACCAAAUUGCCAUGGCUGGUAUAAUGGUGGUUAUUGGCGACAAGUUGAUCCCCAAGACCGAAGACGAGUUUGAUGCCGAGGACAUCAAAAAGGUUGAGAAUUAUGCAAAGGCAAUAAACAUGCUUUAUUGUGCUGUAAAUCCUGAUGACUACCGCAAGAUCUCCUGCUGCUCAACCGCCAAGGAGAUGUGGGAUAAGCUCGAGGUGACGUACGAAGGAACGGACCAAGUACGUGAAGCCAAGAUCGACUUCCUCACCCAAGAGUAUGAGAUGUUCAGGAUGAAGGAGCAUGAGAAGAUUGACGACAUGUUCGACCGUUUUUCCAAAAUAGUCAACGAUCUUCAUGCAUUAAAGAAGACUUACACCGACAGGGAUCUUGUGCGAAAGAUCCUACGAAGCUUGACAUCCGAAUGGCGAUCCAAGGCCGAUGUCAUGAAGAAGUUUUGCACACUUCUAAAGAAGAAAGAAAAGGUUGAGGAUGGCCCUGUGUGCUAUGGAUGUGGUGAAGCCGGGCACAUCAAGAAAAAAUGCCUGAAAAGCGGAAGGAAUGCUCGGCACUUCAAAAGACAAAGGGCAUAUAUCUCUUGGGGUGGCGACUCCGGCGACGAGUCAAUCGACCAAGACGAGGAUGAAGCUACCAACCUCUGUCUCAUGGCACACGAAGACCAAACCGACGAUGUACAAGAGGACAAUGCACAAAAGAAACCAUACUAUUUCUUCUACUUUGAUGAAAAGAAGAACGUCCACAUUCCAUUACCAGAACCAACACAAAUCACACCGAGAUAUCGGCACUCCGUUCAGGUAGACUGGAACCCGCCAACCACGAGAUCAUGGGUUGGCCAAGGGUGCUUGCCUGACGUCACUGCCACCGGGGUGGAGUCGCGUUGCAGGAGAACAAUUCUGGAGAAUCUCUCCUUCGUUGGAGACCUCACGCCCCGCCACUGCUGUACUGACAAGGACGAUCAUAUGACUGAUGAUCCUCCUAAGGAUGCAACUACUAAGAAAGUCUGGUUGAGGGAUGAUGCUCGACUAUUCCUCCAAAUCCGGAACUCAAUUGAUGGAUGUUUUGCGUCCGCGGUAAAGGAUGCCCGUCAGUGCUUGCGGAUUGUGGAUUUGAGCACCCGUGGCGCACACGGAAAUUGGGCCGUGGCAUUGGUGUUGGGCUUCGGGCUUCACGGAUGGGCUGCUCACCUUGGCGGAUUGGACCGAUUCACUUGGGCUGGUCGCUGAUGGCUGGACGGCCUGGUGCUGGGCUUGGGCUGAUUUG